UAGCAACCACCCAAAUGAACAACCGAGUGAGUGAGUGUAAGAGGCAAAACUAUUAUUUCAAUUCUUUCUUCUCUCAUAUCACCAUUUCACCUGCUUAACUCUACCAUGGAAACUAUUCUUUCUCCUCACCCUAUCUACUCUAUCUCCCCUCUUCUCAACCCAAAAUCUUCCUCUCCAAAGACCCUUUUGUCACCUUCCUUACAACAAAGAUCAAGUUCACUUUUUUACCCCAAAACUGUCACUUGCAGUCUCAAAAAACAGUCUUUUCAACCACUAAAGGCAUUGUCUCCAAUACCCAGAAGCUGGUUUACUCAUGCACAACAAGGAUUAGCAGCUUUAGCUCUCUCUUUAGCACUCAACUUUUGCCCACUAGUGUACUCUGGCAAUGCACUGGCAUCUGAAUUUGACGUCAUCAAUGAAGGUCCACCAAAAGAUUCAUAUGUAGUUGAUGAUGCUGGUGUGCUUAGUAGAGUCACAAAGUCGGACUUGAAGCAGCUUUUGUCUGAUUUGGAGUCUAGAAAGAACUUCAGGAUUAACUUCAUCACUGUUAGGAAGCUCACUAGCAAAGCUGAUGCUUUUGAGUAUGCUGACCAAGUAUUAGAGAAAUGGUAUCCUUCUGUUGAAGAGGGAAAUAACAAGGGCAUUGUUGUAUUAAUUACCAGUCAAAAGGAGGGGGCAGUCACAGGUGGCCCUGCAUUUGUCCAAGCUGUUGGAGAAACUGUUCUUGAUUCUACUGUAUCUGAGAACCUUCCUGUAUUGGCCACGGAAGAAAAGUACAAUGAAGCAAUUUAUAGCUCUGCCAAGAGGCUAGUAGCUGCAAUUGAUGGACUUCCAGAUCCUGGGGGGCCAGCUUUUAAGGAAAAUAAAAGAGAAUCCAAUUUCAAGAGCAGGGAAGAGACAGAAGAGAAACGGGGACAAUUCAGUCUUGUGGUUGGAGGUUUGUUGGUCAUUGCUUUUGUCGUUCCAAUGGCACAAUACUAUGCUUAUGUCUCCAAGAAGUGAUAGAAAUAUCUGCUUUUUAGAUCUUUCAAGUCACUUGUAAAACGUGGUUGUCCAAAUUAUUGCUUAUAAUUUGUUGACAAAAAACUUGCAAUCAGAAGAUAAAGUACAGAUUUUUGUUUUGAACUCAUAAAAUGUAUAAUAGAAUCAUGAUUUCUGAGUUCGA